AUGGUCGAGAAUAAUUCUAAACCAUAUACUGAAAAGAUAACAAUGGCAUAUCGAGAGCACAUGGAACGAGUUUUAAUUACGUUCCAGAACGCAAUUCCAAGUGGAGAAAAAUCAUGGAAAGAGGGGUAAAACUCCAAGAACUGUAAAACGAAACUGGACACAUCCAGUGGAAAGAAAAAUGUUAUUCCUGUAUCGUGAUCGCAUUUACCGUUUCAACAAUGAACAUAUUGACAAGUUAGAACUUUGGGAGGAAAUUGUUCAGCAUUUGAAGGAAGAAGCACAUUAUUUUACUACAGUUGAAAAAGUUCGCAGUAGAUUCAGUGAGCUAACCAAACAAUUUACUACUGUGGAACAGCACAACUCACAAUCAGGAACCAUUCGAAGAGAGUGUAAACAUCAUGAAUUGUUGUCUGAGAUUUACAAUGUUUAUAACUACUGGCCACAUGAUAAGUCUACAAUCAGCCUAAAUAAAUCUAAUUCUCUCAGAAUGAGACAAGUGAAUGCUCAGUUAGCUUGGAGUGAAAAUCAGUCUCGUGCUGUACUUCAGUUGUAUCCUCAAAUCCUAGUGAGCCACAUUAGUAGUGGUGAUCAUCAGCCUAUUGAAGAAUUUUGGCUACAAUUAGCAAAGGCUUAUCUCAAUACCCAGGGUGACCGAAAACAAUGUUAUGAGAUUGAAGAACAUAUUGCUCUAUUGCGUAGAGGAUACCACAGCAGAAAUCCCUUUCCAUUUUGCAAUGAAUUGCAGCUCCUUGAGGAGACUGAAGUUACUCUUGGAUUUUCACCAGAUCCAGUUGUGGCUGAAGAUGAUCAGUUUGUCCCUUAUUGGAGUCAUGAUGCAGCCAUUUUGCUGUUAGAUCUUGUCAUUUCAUAUCGGCAGGAUGGAAGAAAAUAUGCAGGUUUAUUUGAACUGAUAAGCAGAGACAUGGGGAGUCAUGGUUAUAGAUAUACUGGGGAAGAAUGUCGAGUCUAUUAUUUUCUUCUCCGUCAGUUAUAUACUAACCGUCUGCGAACUUUGAAGCGUAAUAAGGAAUUGUUAAAGCCUUUCCCAUACAUGGAUAAAAUGUCACAAGUUGAUGCUGUGGUUUCUCUUCCUAGAUUUGUUGAGACAAAAGGAAGUUGCCAAGUUAUUUUAACAGCAGCUUUGUGUGUUAUUCAGCCAUUUGCAGGAGAAAGUGAGGAAGAGAAAUUUACUUACCUUCUUUCCCUUUUAACAAACACUAGACUGUAUAUUAGGCAGAAAAACCUGCUUCAUCCUCUGCCUUCAGUUAAAAAAUCACUAUUUACAUUCAAUCCAUCCUCUUUGUUAUCCACUCAUUGUCAGGGCAAAGUAAGGUUAGCUCAACCCAGACUAGGUGUUAUGCUUAUAUGGACAGCACUAGAUCAUAUCAGCCCUCCAUGGGAGGAUAUUUCAACUUCUGUGGAAUGUAAUGAACUUCAAAGUAAAGUGGUAAAAGCUGUGAUUGAUGAACCUCUCCCUGACCUGCAAGCAAAUGCUGUCUCAGAGUUGAGCUCUUCGGUUAAGCCCAAAGAAAAAAUAAAAUCUAGAGGAAAUCUUAACAAAUCUUAUGACAGUUUUCAGUCACCCCCAAAGUCAAAGAAAUGUAGAACAGCCUCUCCUAUAGAGUUUAAAACUCCAAUUUCCAAUAGAUUCAAUCCACUUGAUGACCCCUUCCAGCCAUUAUCAACCUCAAAGCCAUUGGAAAAGAUGUCUCGGUCCUGCUCAAAUUUAAGUGUGACAGACCCUUUCCCUCAAUCAUAUGCAGAAACAGCUACUUCUGAAAUGGAGGGAAAACAUGCUGACUCACUAAAUAUAUUAGGGCUUCGCUAUUUGUGGAUGACUUUGCCAUCUUAUGUCACCACAUACGAUGCUGUAUCAGCCUGUAACUACCUGCAAAAGACAAUAAAUGUCAUCAGUAAAUGGGCUGAUGAACAUGGUUUCCGAUUUUCUUCAUCUAAAACUGUGGCCGUUCGUUUCACCAGAUGUACCCGAAAAGAAACUAUCCCAAAUUUGAAACUGAAGGAUUGUCUUAUUCCUUACAAAAAAGAAGUAAAGUUUUGGGCAUAA